GUAUCCACACUGACAGGGCUAGUUUAGGUAUUUUCGUAGUUUCAUUUGAGCAAUCUCAUGGCUUAGCAAAAAUAUUUGGUGGAUCAUAUUAUUACUCGUCUCUCUUAGCUACGUGUAACGAUUCCAACUUCAAAUGAUCUUUAUAUAUAUAUUAGUUACACUGAAAAUGAGUCUUUGAAGUACUUCUAUGGUUGAUUUCUUGAGCAAGAAGAAACUUAGCACCAUCAAAUGUCCGCAAAGAAGAAGGACCUUCUGUCCUUAGCCAUGGAGAGAACUAGUGAAUGGAUUUCAAGUCAAGAGAUUCCUAGUGAUAUCACUGUUCACAUAGGAGACACUUCCUUUUCCCUCCACAAGAUUCUUCUGUCAAAAUGUGGGUUUAUAAAGAACCUUGCUUCCGAGUCAAGCAACGAUUCCAACGUCACCGUUAUCAAGAUACCAGAUUUUCCCGGAGGCGCAAGAGCAUUCGAGCUAGCCAUCAAAUUCUGCUACGGAAUAAACUUAGAGAUGAACGCAGAGAACAUUGCCAUGCUGCGUUGCGCAGCAGAGUAUCUUGACAUGACAGAGGAACACUCUGUUGCAAACCUCAUGGAGACAACAGAGGUUUACUUAAACGAAGUGAUCUUCAAGAGUUUAACGAGUUCAGUUAAAGUUCUACAAAAAUCUGAGGGUUUGCUUCCUAUGGCCGAGAGAGUGAAGCUCGUGAGCCGGUGUAUAGAUGCUAUAGCUUAUGUAACUUGUCAGGAGAGCCAAAACAAGGAGGAUAUAGUUGACUUGUGGGCUGAGGAUUUAUCUAUUCUAAGGAUUGAUAUGUUUCAACGUGUCUUGAUAGCAAUGAUGGCUAGAGGGUUUAAGAAACACGCACUUGGUCCAUUGCUUGUUGUAUAUGCUCAAAAAGCUCUUAGAGGGUUGGAGAUCUCUGGAAGAGGGGCUAAGAAGAUGGAUGCGGAACAAGAACAUGAGAGAAGACUGAUUCUUGAAACAAUUGUGAGUCUUCUUCCAAGGGAGAGAAACGCAGUUUCAGUCAGCUUUCUUUCGAUGCUUUUAAGAGCUGCGUUAUACCUCGAAACCACGGUAGCUUGUAGGCUUGAUUUGGAGAAGAGAAUGGGAUUACAGUUAAGACAAGCCGUGCUUGAUGAUCUAUUGAUUCCCUCGUUUAAUGGUGACAGCACAAUGUUUGAUGUAGACACUGUUCAACGCAUCCUCAUGAAAUAUCUUGAGUUUGAAGUUGAAGGAAACUCUGUUGAUUUUGCUACUGAUAUUGGUGAACUCAUGGAGUCUUAUCUUGCUGAAGUCGCUUCUGAUAGAAACAUGAACUUGGCCAAGUUCAUUGGGUUAGCAGAAUGCAUUCCUGAGCAGUCUAGGAUCACUGACGAUGGCAUGUAUCGAGCCAUAGACAUGUACCUUAAGGUGCAUCCAAAUAUAAGUGAAGUGGAGAAGAAGAAAAUAUGCAGCUUAAUGAACAGCCAAAAGCUUUCGCAAGAAGCUUGUGCUCAUGUAGCACAAAACAAACGUCUCCCUGUACAUAUAGUAGCUCAAGUUCUGCACCAAGAGCAGCAAAGUCUCCGCCAAGUUUUAUGUGAUUCAGAUUCUCCGGUAGCCGCAGCCACAAUCGCACCAGAAAGUCCUCCUCCUCCUACUCUAACCACCUACAACAAUGAGCUCUCCAAACUAAAUCGGGAAAACCAAGACUUGAAGCUUGAGUUGCUCAAAAUGAAAAUGACGUUGAAGGAGUUGGAGAAGGAGAAAGAUUUUGAAAUCAAGAGUUGUUCGGAUAGCUCUCCGGUUUCAACUGCCUCGGUGGUUAAGCCUCCAUUACCAAGAAAGUCAUUUAUUAGUUCUGUUUCUCGGAGACUAGGAAAGCUUAACCCUUUUGGCCACACACCAGGACGAACCAUGCGACGUAAAGGCCGAAGACACUCUAUAUCUUAGAGAUAAUAAACACUUGUUCUCGUCUCGUUGAUGUUUCUUUAGUUCCUGUUUUAAAAGGUGUUUCUCUGUAUCAACAUAAGAGCGCUCGGAUAAUAAUAUCAAUUGAGUUUCGGUGUUUUGGUG